UGUUGUCAUCCACAUUCACUAAGCUAGCUUUGAGCUGCUUCUGGUUUCUUUCAUAGCCAUGGAAAGUAACAUUCGCUUCUACUGCAAUAGAGUUUGCCUUGCAAUAUUUCUGCUCCAUCUUUCUCUUGCUGCCAAUAACUGUGAAGCAAGAAAAUCUAUGCAUCUACUUAGAGGUCCAAUGCACCCAACAAGUUCAAUAAUCCAACACCUAAAAAAUUUCAAAGUAACAAAGCAUUUUGAUUUGGCUUCAUUACUUGUCCAGAAAGAAACUAUGAAUCCAUCUAACACUGACCCUUAUGUGAGUUCACCAUUUUCUUUGCCACCUUAUGAUUCCUUGUCACCAAAUCCAUUGCCCGAAAAUGCCCCUCCAUUUUGCAUUUAUCCCCCAAAUACCCCUCUUCCCCCUUCCACAACAAUUCCAACUCCAUCAGGAUCAACUCCUAAUUUGCCACCCCCCUCACCCUUCUCUUAUAUACCACCUACUCUUCCAAUUCCAAGUCCACCUCCAGGCCCAAUUGGUGUGGUACCGAGCCCACCGGAAACUACACCUAUCCCAAAUCCACCUGAAAUAGUCCCUAGCCCACCCACCCUCAUUCCAGGCCCACCAGAAACUGUACCCAGUCCAAUAACUUAUAUGCCAAGCCCACCAGGGUCAGUUCUGAGCCCACCUUAUCCCGAGUUUAGUCCACCAACUUUUGUUCCAUCUCCAACAGGCUAUGUUCCGAGCCCUACAAUUUUUCUACCGCCGGUGGUAUAUCCGCCACCAAUAGGGCCACCACCUCCGAGAACAGGCCCACCACAGGCCCUUUGGUGUGUAGCAAAGCCUUCAGUGCCAGACCCAAUCAUUCAAGAAGCUAUGAACUACGCUUGUGCAUCCGGUGCUGAUUGCGACUCUAUUCAGCCAAAUGGGUCAUGCUUUGAACCCAAUACAUUGUUUGCACAUGCUUCCUAUGCUUUUAAUAGUUAUUGGCAAAGGACAAAAGUGGCUGGUGGCACUUGUUCCUUUGGAGGGACUGCCAUGCUUGUUACUGUGGAUCCAAGUUAUGAUGGUUGCCAUUUUGUAUACUCUUGAUGAGAUCAUGACAAAACUUAGUCUUUUGGAGAAGCUAAGAGGACAGUCCAGAAAACGGAUCUCCAUUUCUUUUCAUAAAUUAAUAAGAGAGAUAGAUUUAUUUUUUUUCUCCAAAA